AUGCAGGCAACUUUUAAUACUCUUGGGAGUUACGCAGCUCCGUACAUCAGAGAUACUUUGCUACGGAUGCUUCAGAGUAACAUCCAGAAUGGAGCAAUUGAUAUUCAUCUGAAAGGCGCUUGUAGUCAACAAAGGUCGGGAGCACUCAAGGUCGGAAAUAUAGAGUGUACAGACUCGGGGGUGCUCAAGGCCUCGUUGGUUGUGCAUGACGACCCUACUCUUUGGCUAAAGCUGUGUCAAAACCUCGAUAUUGGAGUCGCUGAAGCAUACAUGCUUCAGCAAAUUGAAUGUUCUGACUUGGUGUCGCUGUUCAGGAUUUAUAUCCGUAAUUGGACAUCGAUGGCAACUGUGAAUUCCUUGGUCCAGUUGCCACUCCGCUUGUGGAACCAAGUAACAAGAAAGAUCAACAAUACAGCCAAUGCUUUCCAAAAUGCCAGUUUCCACUAUGAUACCUCAAAAGCGCUAUUUAAGGCUUUUCUCUCGGAGGAUAUGUGUUACUCAUGCCCCAUAUGGGAAUCUCCGGAUGAGCCGCUUGAAGCAGCCCAAAGGCGAAAAGCACAAACUAUCAUCGACAAAGCGAAUAUUCGUUCGACGGACCAUGUACUGGAUAUCGGAGGAGGGUGGGCGUUCAUCGCCAUGGAGGCUAAGAUCCUUGGAGAGGAGCUGAUUAAAGGAAGGUCCUACGAAGACAACAUUGACUAUGUCUUAUGUGACUACCAAAAUAUUAGGAAGCCAGAGAGAGGCUUUGAUAGAAUUAUCUCUGUUGAAAUGAUUGAAGCCGUCGGGAAGGAGUACAUUGACGAAUUUUUCGGCACUUUGCACAACCUACUGAAUCCGAUUGAGGGACGGAUUGUCAUACAAUCCAUUACCUUUAUCGAGAAGCUCCAUUCCCAACCAAAGUCUCUCGAUAAUUUCCUUGACAAAUACAUCUUCCCAGGGGGUUAUCUCCCUUGCAAUACAGAGCUCAUCAACUCGAUGAGCCGUGGCUCUGAGCAGUGUAUGGAGCUUGACAGUCUGGAUGAAAUCGGGGAGAACUACGUGAAAGCUCUUCGGCUGUGGCGGGAAAAGUUCGUUUCCAACUGGGAGACAAUCAAAUCGUCAAUUCUUCGUGAACACGGCGAAAGAUCAGACGCUGAAAUGGAGGCCUUCAAGCGGAUAUGGAUUUAUUAUUUUAGCUAUUGUCAAGCUGGAUUUCACGAGGGUAUCCUUGGGGACGUCAUACUCGCAGCCAGUCGAAGACCCCGUGUUAUGUCUCAUUCCCCCAUAAUGUGA